ACUUCACUCAGGUCCCAUAGCCACAUAUUCAGGUGUCGCAUAAUAUUAACACUAGAACUUGUAGUUCCACAGCACGACAGUGGGACACUCGCAAGUGAUUUGAUCUGCUAGUUGCACAAUUCUGUUCCUCUAAAAUUAUGGCUUUAUCAUCACCCAUGAAAGACUACGAGAUAUUCAUGUGCACGGUCCAGAAGCCGCCCGAACCAGAGCAAAGCUUUGAGGAGCUACGCGUGAAGGAGUACAUCAAAGCAUACACAACGACCGGUCGAUCACCAGCACCAAUCCCAGAUCUACCAAGCACCCCAAAUGCUAGACAUGCACUCGGCUUGCCACAACUAUUUGCUCCCAUUCAAAUAGAAUCGACUCCGAGCAUGAGCCCUACAGGCAUUCCGGCCGAGAAGGCCAUAAUAAGUCCAAAUGAUCUGCCCACCAUCCAAGUAUUUCAGUCGACUAAAACACCAAUCGACGGGCAAUUCCAAAGCAUCACAGCACAGACUACUUUCAGUUUGUUCUCAUAUGAGGAAUUGCGGCUUUAUGCAUAUCUUUCGGGAAACAUCAUGCCUCCGACCCCACUUCCAUCAGAUACACUCUCUUUGAACAACGCGCCCGCACAGGUCGUGCAUCCGUUUUACUCCAGUGAUUCAGCAGCAACCGCAUUCGCGCGCGCCACCACCAGCCCUGACGCUCCCGAUGCCUACAUGAGCAUCACGACGUCUCUCAAAUUCGACAAACAUUCAUUCGAGGAGCUUCGGUUAGCGUGCCUUCUUGCUGGCAAAGAACUUACUUCAAUUGAAAUUCCGACACGUGGGUUGCCUCCAGCUCCGGCUGCCCUACCCCUCAUUGGACGCCCGCGGGGUGAAACACUCCGAUAGCGAAUCCUAUACAUUAUUUUCGAGCUUGGCUGUUGUCUGUGCCACUUACCGUAUACCAUCAUCGCUUCGUACUAUCAUCGUUUGGUACUUGUACCGCAGAAUGUUGUUGUUCUGGGUAAUGAUCGAGAAGUCUAAUGUACACAACAUGUAUUCGAGUCAAUCUGGAUCUGGGGGUCUUUGGGGUGUAUCGAUUAAUUCAUUAUUGACUUCUCUUGUCGUACGGGUGUUUG